GGUACGCACGCGCGACUCCACAGCCCAGCCACCGCGGGAAAAUUCCAAAAAGUCAAAACAAAACAACUAGUCCUAGGCAAAGCCAAAUUUUCAAGCCACAGAAUUCAGGCGGUGGCGUCCUGUCCGCCACUGCCCCGACUGCUGGAGGAGCUCUGCCGCAGACUACUAGAGCCGCAAACCCCCGACUCUCCUCAGGCAACUUCCGUCCACACUGCCCUCCCUCUGCCAGACAAAGCCCAAGGAUUUGAUGUGUCUUCACUAUCUUCUUCAGUGGUUGACAUGCCACUGUGAAGGUCCCUCACUUUUGCCCCUUUUUUGAGAUGGCUCAAGAUUCAGCAGGCCUUUCUUCUGAUUAUCAGUUUUGGAUUUGGAAGCUUUCUGUAUGGGGCCAGGCCUCCACUUUGGAAACCCAGCAAGACAUCUGCCGCCACAUACAUCAGUUCCAGGAGUUCCUGAGGCAAAUAUAUGAAGCCUUGAAAGACAUGGAUUCAAGUGCAGUCAUUGAAAGAUUCCCCACAAUUGGUCAACUGUUGGCAAAAACUUGUUGGAAUCCUUUUAUCUUAGCAUAUGAUGAAAGCCAAAAAAUUAUAAUAUGCUGCUUAUGUCGUCUGAUUAAAAAAGAACCACGGAGUUCUGGAGACUUGAAACUUAACUCCUGGACACGGGGGUUGUUAUCUCAUAUACUUUCAGCAUUCAGAUUUGAUAUAAAAGAAGUUGGUCUUUUUGCUCAAAGUCUUGGGUAUACAUCUGCAGAUUACUAUCCUCAUUUGCUCAAAAAUAUGAUUUUAUCAUUAGUGUCUGAACUCAGAGAGAAUUGUAUUAAUGGAUUUAACACUCAAAGGCGAAUUGCUCCUGAACGAGUAAGGUCCCUAUCACGAGUUUGUGUCCCACUUGUUACUCUGCCAGAUUUCGAACCACUGGUGGAAGCCUUGAUCACCUACCAUGGAAAUGAACCUCAGGAAAUGCUCUGGCCUGAGUUCUUUGAUGCUGUGAAUGAGGCCUUUUUGCUGAAGAAGAUUUCUCUUCCCAAGUCAACUGUAGUCUGCCUCUGGCUUCGACACCUUCCCAGCCUUGAAAAAGCAACGCUGCAUCUUUUUGAAAAGCUGAUUUUCAGUGAGAGAAAUUUUCUGAGAAGGAUCGAAUGCUUUGUGAAAGAUUCAUUGCUGCCUGAAGCAGCCUGCCAUCCUGCCAUAUUCAGAAUAGUUGAUGAAAUGUUCAGGUAUGCACUCCUGGGAACCAGCGGAGCCCCAGAAGUAGUAGCCACCAUUCAAGUAUUUACAUUGUGCUUUAUAGAAGCUCUGAAAAAAGAAAACAACCAGCUGAAGUUUACACUCAAGACCUACUUUCCUUACGCUUCUCCAUCUCUCGUCAUGGUGCUAAUCCAACACCCAAAAGAUAUCCCACAGGGACUGUGGCACCAGCCACUGAAACAUAUUUCUGAAAUGCUCAGAGAAGCAGUGGAAGACCAGACUCCUGGGUCCUCCAGAGGCCCCUUUGAGAGCUGGUUUUUGUUCAUUCACUUUGGAGGAUGGGCUGAGAUGGUGGCUGAGCAGCUACUGAGGUCAGAAGCUGAACCCCCUGAGGACUUGCUGUGGCUCUUGGCAUUCAGCUACAGCCCAUGUGAUGGGAGUCAGCGGAGAGCACAGACCAUGGAAGAGGUGAAAGUGGUGCUCGGCCACCUCAUGAAGCUGUUCAGACGUCCGACCCUCUCAGCCAGGGACCUGCAGGCAGCCACUGGGGAGAGCCAAGGUGGAGACCCCAGGCCACCAGCAUGCAGCCGGCUCGUCAGGCACCUCCUCCUGAACUUCCUGCUCUGGGCUCCUGGAGGCCACACAGUUGCCUGGGAAGUCAUCAGCCUCAUGGCUCAGACUGAUGAAAUGACCCAUGAGAUUAUCGGCUUUCUUGACCAGACCUUGUACAGAUGGGAUCAUCUUUGCAUGGAAGCCCCAGCGUCAAGAAAACUGGCCAGAGAGCUCCUUACAGAACUGCUCGCACGAGUCAAGCACAGGCCCGUUGGCCAUGUAGCUGCCAUGCAGCCCGGGCUCGCUGGGGCCACAGGCUGAAAUGAUGGUCCUGCUUCUUUGUGGAUUGGGUACCUCUGUGACUAGUGACAAUAAGCCAUAAAUAUCUUGGCAAGUUCUGGCAGUCCCUAUUUUACAAAGCGAGAAGACAGGUACUUUGUUUAGCCCACGCUCAGUCAGACUUACUACUGACUGGAUUUAAUGCCUUCAGCCUUCUCUCUACCUGCGCAGCCUGGGUGACAAUUAGAGAAUCAUGGGAGAAAAGGCUCGGAUGGGAGAACAGAUUUUUAUUUCUUUUUUUCCCUUUCUGAACCAAGAUGCAUGACCAUUAUUUGAAUGUUUCAGAGUCUUUGGACCAGGAAAUUGGUCAUGAGCCACUGGUCAGUUUGGAAAGUAACUUAGCCCUUUUCCACAGAUCUGUGUUUCAGAUGUCAGGUCACUGGUAUUGGUGUUUCUUUUAAUCGACAGGGAUUUAAGAUCAAGCCACACUUUCUUGCUUCCCGAAGAAAUUGUUCAGCAAAGGAAGUUUCCCUCGGGCAGCCCCUGAGCAAGGCAGGCGAAGCAAGUAGCAGUGCCGGGCCCAGUGGUCAGUGGGGGUACAAGCACCAGCCCGGCCAUGGGGCCAGCACUGCCUGGGACUGGAGCCAGGGCUGGGGCUACCUCUCUGCUUGCACUGGCUAAACACUGAAUGCCCCUGAAGGAGCACGCACCGCCUCAGAGGAGCCUGGCAGGGAUCUAGGCCAUGUUCUAGAAACAUCAGAAAAGAUUAUGUGUCAGUCGUUUUGUUAAGUGAAAUGGAAGUGCACAUUUCUAAUAAAUAACCAGUUACCCCAGGGUUAGUAUUUAUUUUGCAUCAGUUGAAGAUACUCUCCUUCUCAGGCUAUGCUUAACUUGUAUUGAUUGUUUUCUCUUUUCCAUUUAUUGUUUGUCACGUGAGGCAAGACUUCCUUUUACGCCCACUUGGAUUUGUGUGUUAGUAAUGAGUCUCCCUCAGUCUGGGCUCCUGCUGGAGGUGUGAGUCAGCUUUUGUUGGAUUAGACAGAGGUUGAGCUUCCAGGUUAAAUGCUUGUUUCGGUGUAUGGAUCUACCUGAAGAGCUGGAAAAUUCCAGUAACUUUUGACCUGAGCCUUCCUUUUGAGAAGUGCUACAAUAUGAAGGGUGCGCUGUUAAAAUACUUCUCUCACAACCGCCGUCAUCCUCAUCACUUCCACAUGCUGUGAUCAGCCUCUGUGGACGGGAGAAGGGGGCCCGGUGUGGUGGGAGCGAGGAAGCCCCAAAGCACGCGCCCACCAGGAGCGGGCCUCCCUUUGGGGUGCGCUUGCACGUGGACGUCCAUUCACACUGUAUUCCUGGCAAACAGAAAACCAAGAUGAAUAUCUACCUCAGAUUUUGAAGGUGCAUUUCUGGAAGACUCUUUUCUGCCUUGACUAUACCUCAGCCCUUUCUUAGUAUCUUCAAGCCUAAGUUCUUCCAAGCCUUGGACAUUUGAGUUGGCAACUGAGCAGACUGUCUGAGCUGGUGAAGCCGAAGCUUCUCCCAGGGAGAUCCCAGCAGACCUGCAGCUCUGUCGUUCAAGGGAAGAACCCCCAGGAAGCUUUAAUUGAGGACAUCAAUAGGCACUGAUUUGUUUACUGAUUGCAUGUUCUCCCCUAGCCUUCUCCCACCUUGAUAAAGGUGCUGACAAGGGGAGGACACUGAGGGCAGCAGCAUGGGCGGGGCUGCUUCCCAAAGCCUCAGCAGCCACGUGCCCCUGCUCCACCUCUAGAAGGGUCGCCCAUUCUAUUCAGUUCCGGGAGGGUAAGAGGCUGCCCACAGCCCCGAUGGAGCUGAGUGCACCGUGGAAGGGAGGGUGGGAAGUCAUCCUCCCCUGGAAAACCAGAGAAGACAGACACCUGCACAUCCUAGCCAGUCAGGGUAGAGAAAGACAGACAGGCCGGGACACUCUACCUUGUCCUCUAGCCGCCUUGGAUUUUGGGGAAAGUCUGACUAUGUGGCUUUUUUUGAAAGAAGUUCAAAGUAGGGGUACAGCUAAAAAUGGACUCUGAUGAAAUGUGCAGGGAAGUCCCUUGAGGGGCACUCAGCCUUCGGUGGAGAGCCAGGAGCACUGAGGUCUGGGGAGCCGGCCCAGGGCAAGGCUGAGACUGGAGGCUCUGCAGCCGUGGGAGGGCCGGGGCUCUGGGUGGGCUUCUUCCCCAGUCUGUGCCAGGCCCACGCCCACCACUCUGACCAGCAGAGUAUCUGACGGCGAGCAGCUUCUACAGGGAAGACGCCUGAUGGCCUCAGACCCGGAAACCCCGAGGACUGGCUGAUCCAGCCACUCGCAGUGUCACAGCUAAGUUCUCCCAGCCUUUGUCUCUAGUGGCACGAAGGCUGCCAAGACCAGCCUUUGCUGACAGCAUCCGAGAAGGAAAGGGACAGCCGUUGCCCCUGCGUUUCCCACCAACCGCACCCGGCCUGCCCUCACACCUGAGCAGAGCGGGCCCCAGGAGAACGGGGACCGCAG